GUAACAAUUUUCCAAGGUCCACCAAAACGAUACUUCUUGCCAAGAACUGGUCCUUCUUUUCCGUCCCGAAGACGAAGUUCCCGGAAAAUAAGUCUUUCCUGGGAAAAAGAGUUCCCGGAAGCCAUGGGAUUGAAACGAAAAACUCUCAAACAGGGUACUUAAUUAAAGAUUGGAUUAAAAAGAAAAAAAAAAUACACCUUUCUAAAUGUUCCUCCCUUCACCAAGAAUCCAAGAUGAAUCCCUUGUCUAGAUUCCUUUUCUGCAUCUAGAAUCUCUCUUUUCUAGCUUUUUAAAUUAUAUACUGGUGACAUGUUAAAGCUGUGGAAAUGGUACCAGAAUUGCUUGGCGGUGCAUCCAGUUAAGACGCAGGUGAUUAGCUCAGGCUUUAUUUGGGGUUUUGGCGAUAUAGGUGCCCAGUCCAUCACCAAAUACACUGCCAAGAAGAAGCAAUGUCAAAAGGAGUUACAAGACAAAGAAAAAGGAUUAAAGAUCAAUUGGAAACGAGUAGCAACCACAAGCUUGUUUGGAUUUGGAUUUGUUGGACCAGUCGGCCACUUCUGGUAUGAAGGGUUAGACCAAUUUUUAAGGUUUCGACUUCUACUGCGUCCAAAUUCCUUUCGAUUUGUUACUACUAAAGUAGCAAUUGAUGGUUUCCUGUUUGGGCCACUGGAUUUACUUAUAUUUUUCACAUAUAUGGGUUUUUCUACUGGAAAGAGUGUUCCUCAAAUAAAGGAAGACCUGAAGAGGGAUUAUCUCCCAGCUCUGAUUUUGGAAGGAGGCGUAUGGCCAGUUGUUCAAGCUGCAAAUUUCAGAUUUGUACCGGUGAGAUAUCAGUUGUUAUAUGUCAACUUCUUUUGUUUGUUGGAUAGUUGUUUCUUGUCAUGGAUUGAGCAACAAGAAGAUGCUCCUUGGAAGCAAUGGUUCAAAUCUUUUCGGCCUUUGAAGGACAAAACAGGUCAAGGUAGAUGACUCAUGCUAUCCCUUGGAAGCAUUCAUUUAUUGUUCUCAAUCCCCUGUUGGAUGAAGAUAGCAUUUCAAUUUUUUUUUCUUACUAGGUAUUGUAUAAAAACAUCAGAUGGGGUUUUGUAUGCCUUCCUUCAGGCUUCCCUAACUUUGGAGUCUUAAAUGUAAACAAUACAUGAAAAAUAUGUUAGAAAAUAUGAUUGCUUAUUAAAAUGAA